AGUUCAAAUAUAAAUCCACUACAUUACACAUAUAUACCAAAUUCAACAGAUCUUUCAUCAUUCUAUCGUUAUGACGCACCUGUAUAUUCAAUAUAUGCGCAUUUUAUAAAAGACGGUUCAGAUCAACAAACCGAACAAUUUUUACUAUAUCAAUCUUAUGAUAACACGAUACAAUUUUACGGGUCUAUCAGGUGUCAAGCUGGAUUGUAUUCACUAAAUUUUCAAAGCAAUAUCUGCAUUUAUUUUGAAUUUGCUGUCUACCAAAAUAAUAUAAGCAGUCAAUUUACGAGAUUCAUAAAGUUUUCAUCGUCUGGAUCAGUUAUUGAAAUAGGAACUCCUCCAAAUAACAGCACUGGCGAUUAUAAUCCCGGAAAGGUUGUAAUACAAUUGGUCGCUCCGUUACCAUAUGGUGGUGCAAUUACAUUUAAUAGUACAGCUUAUGAAUUAUAUCAGAAUACUAGUCUGGAUCAUAAUGUAUUACAAGUACAAACAUCCAAUCUAGACAAUACUACAAUUAGUGGUGAAAUAUUGUAUAAUGUUCCGGAUGUUGAACUGUCUAGUUAUGGUAUUUUUACUAAUAAUACAUUAUGGUUUAUACAAUAUAAUAAUACUUAUGAUUAUAAGUUAAUUAUGAUUAACGUGAAACGGGCCUAUAAUGAUUUCGGUUAUGAUAAUGUCGCAAUUAUAUCUUCUUAUCCAAAAAUAAAUGCGUCGAUACCUUUAUCAUUUAAUGACUACAUUAGCGUCACUCUUAAUUUUUCAAUUGUUCCAUCUUCUGAAAAUAUUUCUGUUUAUCAAAUAAUCGAUCAAAAUAUCUUUUUAUUACGUCAAACCAAUUAUGUAAUUGUUGCUGAUGAUAAUUUUGUGAGAACGUCUUCAUUUAAUGAGCCACUUCGUGGAAUUAGUAUGGGUAUUUGGCAUGUGACAACCUCGCAAUCAUCAGUUACAGGAAGAAUACGUUUAUCUGAGACCGGGACUGAUUAUUUUAAUGCUUUAAAAUCAGAUAACCAAUCUUCAUUUAUUGAUGGCCUAAUGGAGGAGCUUGUUCAAUGCUUGUCUACUAAUUCUUCAAGAUUAUAUUUUACUAGACGCGUUAACGUUGAUUUAACAACUUUGAAACAACAAAAAAUAUUUGAACUUAAAAUUAUUGCUUCAAAAGAUCUAUCUCAACCCAAUGCGAAGCAAAUAAUGGAUGAUCUAAAUGAACUGAUCAAAUACAAAUAUAUUACUAUUCUUGCAACCUUACCCCAUGUUAGCUAUAUUGACGAGACAUAUCUAUUUACGCCAAUAUUGAACUUUUGGGAUGAAAUUAUGGAAAUCAAAUAUUACUUAAUAUGUUUUGGCCUUGGUUUUGUGAUUUUUAUUGUAUUUUGUAUCUGGGCACAUCGUAGGCACAAAAAAAAAUCUUUUAUGAAUGAAUGUUGGCAUUUGAAAAUAAAUCCAAACUGCACACAUACACCAAAAUGUUCUACAAUUGACACGAAUUCACCAUGCACAUGCGAUUUGACUGAAAAUUUAUUAUCCUUGUUAAAUCCAAACUGCUCACACAAUCCUAAAUGCUCUUCCAAAGCUGAUUCCCCAUGCUUUAUUGAUUUUACUAAAAAUUAUUCACAAAAACAGUGUAGUACAUUAAUUCUUUUCACAUCAACUUUAAGCUUGCUUCAUUUGAUUUCAAGUGUAUUUUUUAUUAAAGAUAAUGCAAAAGAAGUUCCUGAACUUUAUAUACCAAGAAAAUGGUUCAAUAAUAAUAUCAGAAGUACUGCUUUCUUUACUUUGCUUGCUGGUGCUGAUGUAGAAAUUUUAUUAGUAUUAAAUUCUCAUUUUGGAGGAUUUGAAAUGUUUAAUGCUCCAUUUUCAAAAAAAGCAAGAGAUUAUAUCUUUAUAGGAAAGAUAAUAACUAUCAUUGUAGAUAGCAUACCAUGGUUGAUUAUUCAAUAUUAUAGAUCUCGGCAUCUUAAUAUUGAUUAUGAAUUGGCAGAAACCGAAACUAAUUCAGACAUAAAUGAUAUUAAUCAAAAUGAAAUAAAUAAAAUCGAAGACUCAGCAGAUAUAAAAACAAAUGAUAUCAAUGAAACAAAAGAUAAUGCUAAUCAAGAAAAAGAUAGUUCAAACAAGAAAAUAGAUAAUAAAGAGGACACGGAUAAUUAUAAAAUAACUCAAGAGUCUUUAGUUGAAUCUGGCAAAGUACAUGACCUUGAUAUCAUUAAGAAAAAGGAGACAAUCAAAGAUGGCUACUCUACAAUAGUUCUUGAAAUUCCUGAAGGUUAA